CGAAUGUCAUUUGUCAAAUUCAUGUUGAAUUAUUAAAUAAAAAAAUUUAAUCAACAAGGUGAAAAUGGAGCAACCAUCGGCAAAUAUAAGACGAAAAGUCUUAUCGAAUAGUGUUGGAACCUUAUUAAAUGAAAUAGGUUUUGAUUCGUGUGAAAAAAUUGCUUUAGAAACAUUAACAGAAAUGUUACAGUGUUUUAUAACAGAAACGGGCGAGCUAGCUAGAACUUACUGCGAGCUAACUGGUCGCACGGAGCCGCUUAUAAGCGAUGUUCAAUUGGCACUCAUUGAUAUGGGAAUAAGCACAAAUGGAAUAGAACAAUUUGCUAAACGUCCAAAUAGAUCAGUAUUACCAUCACCCCAAGUAUGGCAACCCCAAAAACAGAUGAGUAUGCUUCAAGCUGGUAUUAAACAACCACAUCCAAAUCAUGUGCCACAUUAUUUUCCGGAUUUCCCACAUCCUCAUGCGUAUAUUCGCACACCGACACAUAAACAACCAGUCACAGAAUACGAAGCAAUACGAGAGAAAGCUGCAACACAAAAAAGGGAUAUGGAACGUGCGCUCACAAAAUUUUUGGCACGUACAGGACCUACAAAUAAUUUAUUUCAAUCAGAAGAAGCAAAUAUAUAUCCAUUAAUUGCUUGUAAAAGAUUAUAUCCACCAUAUAUCAGUGCAUUAUUACCCCAAGAUCAAAUAUUUGAUCCAGAAGAUUUAGAAUACGAUCCACGUGAUGAUCCAGCGAAUCAACAAACGAUGGAAACAGAUGAUAACACAACAGAAAAUCGUAAACGUAGUAAAUCAGAAACAAAUCAAUCGGAUGUGAGUAAUAAUGAAAAUGAAAAUGAUGAAAAUAUUGAUGGUCCUAAAGAAACUGAAACUAGCCCAACAAAUACUACACAACCAAAACCGCCGCCGCCACAACAACCCGAGAAUAAUAAUAAUACAGGAAAUCCAGAUAUUGAUAAUCCAUAUUUAAGGGCAACCAAAAUGCCUAGGAAAAAAAUUAUUACCAAAAUUAAUGUUAUGAAUAAUACUUCGUGUAGUACUGUUGAAUGAU